AUAUUUGCUUCAUUAUUCACUGGCUUCUGUUCUGCAUCUUCUUCCCUUUAAGCAAUAAGCAUUGACUCCCUCAAUUGAAUCCCCAUGUGGAAUUAAAGCUUCCCUUCUACGCGCACGGACUUCCCGGGGAAGAGCAUCUCUACUCUUUUUCUCUGCCCCCACAUCACCACCAUUUCGAAAGUUCCAUAUUAGCUUUUCUUUCGCACUUAUCUUCCGAUGAAUCCAAGGCCUCUGCUUAAGUGAUCAGUCACCGAUCGAUUACAAAAGGGAAAAAGGCCAGAAAAGGUCGACGCUCUAUUUUUUUAAUAGCUUCUGUGAACAGAUCCUGUUGCUGCUAUUAAAGGUCGCCUUUAAGCUGAUUUGAAUGGCCAACAUCCCGCGGAAUAUGAAGAGGAUGGAGUCAAGAAAAUCGCAUUCUUGGUGGUGGGACAGUCACAUAAGUCCAAAAAAUUCUAAAUGGCUUGCAGAAAAUCUUGAGGAGAUGGACCGGAGUGUCAAACGGAUGUUGAGAUUGAUAGAAGAGGAAGGAGACUCCUUUGCAAAGAAGGCUGAGAUGUAUUAUGAGAAAAGGCCACAACUGAUCUCUCAUGUUGAGGAUUUCUAUCGUAUGUAUAGAUCACUGGCGGAGCGCUAUGAUCACUUGACGGGAGAAUUACGUAAGAGCAUUCCCUCAGAACUACAGUCACAGGGAUCUGGCAUUUCUGAUGUCAGCUCAGAUCCAGUCUCCCCAAUGCAAACGGCUGAUAGAAAGCUUAUCCGCCGCAAGUCUAGUCCUCGUGCUGCUGGUUUUGAUUUCUUUCUUGGCUCCGGUGGUGGUAGUUCUGAUGUUUCCAGAAAGGAAGUUGAUGAGUCUUCAUCAGAUUCUGAUUCAGACACUGACGAUGCGUUAUCUAUUAACAACUACUCAGAAUCACAGAUGAAUGGUGAUGGAGGAUUGCAGCAGAGGAUAAUUGAAGUGGAUGUUGAGCUCCAGCACAUGAAUGAGAAGCCUCAGAUGGUUGAGGAGGAAAAUUCAGAAGGCUCAUUGAAGGUUAUGGAAAAUGAGAAGUAUGAAGACCUUUAUGGUAGAAUUGCACAGUACGGGGAAGAGCUUGUGGUUGCAAAUGAAAAGCUACGUGUUUCAGAAGAAGAGAUUGCCAGAUUGAAGAAUGAAUUGUCAGAAGAGACCCAUAAUUUGCAGGUUCAGCUUGAAUUAGCACAUAAGGAUAUUGAGAUACGGGAGACUGAAGUCAAUUCAGAGAGAAUCCAAGUAUUAGAGCUGCAAAAACGGGUAGAAGCAUUGGAAGCCAAUGUUUUGGUAACGGAUAGCAAGAUUGAGGUAUUGAUGGAGGAGCUGAAAACCAAAACGGAAGCACUUCAGAGUAAGGAAGAAGAGAUAGUAAGGUUGAAGCUUGAACUUGGGAAAAGAGGACACUUGGAAGCUAAUUGCAAUGCGGAUAUGGUAUCGCCUUCAAAGGAUAAUGAACCUCAUGUACCAGAGUUGGUAGGUCGGAUUAAGGUGCUGGAAUCCGAUCUUUUAGAUCGAAAUUGCAAUAUUGAGGCAUUGGAGCAAAUGCUGAGAAUCACAAAUGAAAGACAAUGCUGUUCAGAAGAAGUGAUCGAAAGGUUGAAACACGAGGUGGAGAGGAAUGAAUCACCCAAAGCUGUAACUACUUUACAGAUUGAGCUUGAGUCUGCUCGGAAGGAUAUUGCAUCCCUGGAGUCUCAACUUGAAUUAGAGAAAAGAGAGAUCUUGCAACUACAGGUGCAGAUUAUGAUAUACAAAGCUGAUAUUUCAGAUCGAGAUCAAGAGGUAAGGAAAUUGCAAGCUGCAAUAUCAGAUGCCAACCGGAACUUCUCUCUGGAGAAAUCACGUCUCCAGGCUGAACAUUCAAGUUUAUCAACUCAGCAUGCCAUGCUAGAAGCAAAACUGGAAGGGUGGGAAUCAAAAGGUCAAACUUUAGAAGAAAAGAUAAGGCAGAUUGAGUCUGAGAAAUUUAAUAUGCAAGCUCAGCAUGGAUCCGAGAAGAUGAAAAUGCAGAUUGACAUUGAGCAGUCGAAGGCAGAUAUUACCAAAAAAGCUGAGCAUAUAGAAGUAUUGAAUAAAAGCUUUGAUGCACUUAAAUUGAAAUAUGAUAUGUUGAUAUCAGAUAGGGAUGAACUCAAUGCUAAGAUACUUGCACUCAUGGACGAAUUGAGUGCUCGAGAUGACAGGAUUCAUCAUAUGGAGGAGAAUUUGCACAAAUCAAGUAUUGAGCACAUGGAGUUGAUCAAAAGAUCUGAUGUGGCUCGCAAGGAGGUGGACAAGCUCCAAUCAAGGGUGAAGGAGCUGGAGGAGGAGGUUGAGAAGCAGAGAAUAGUAAUCCUGGAUGGAGCUGAAGAAAAACGGGAGGCUAUAAGGCAGCUGUGUUUCUCAUUGGAGCAUUACAGGAACGGGUAUGAGCAGCUUCGUCAGGCUUUUCUUGGGCACAGGCGCCAGGCAGUGUUGGCAUCCUAGAUUAUCCGUCUUUCCGAGCCUUAAUGUAUUAUCUCUUUUUGUUCUGCCCUUGCGUGAUGAGGCAACUGUCAUAUUUCUUAUAAUUGAUUGUGGUAUAGUGGUAUGCUUUCUAAUGGUUAGAUCUCAAGCGAAAUGUGUAAAUUGAAUGAUUGCACAUGAAUGUUCGCCCCUUUUGUCUGGCAGAGCACUUACAUUACAGAACCCUUGAGAUUUCCUUGGUUAAGAAGAUUUCUUCAGGUAGUGGUUCUUCUACUCUACGUUUUUCUUGUGCAGUACAUUUAUAAUAACAAGUUUUUUUUUUU